AUGGGUCUUUCACCAUUGCAGAAGUGCACUUCUGCUAUUCGUAUGUUAGCAUAUGGAUCUUCUGCUGACAUUGUAGACGAAUAUGUUCGAAUUGGUGAAAGCACUGCAAUUGAGUGCUUAGAAAGAUUCAUAAUGGGCGUGAAUGAGGUAUUCGGGGCCGAGUAUUUGCGAAGGCCUAAUAACAAUGAUGUUGAACAUCUUUUACAAAUGGGGGAGUCGCGUGGAUUUCCAGGCAUGCUAGGUUCCAUUGAUUGUAUGCAUUGGGAAUGGAAGAAUUGUCCUGUUGCAUGGAAAGGACAGUUUUGUCGAGGUGAUCAUGGUAAACCCACGAUCAUGCUUGAAGCAGUGGCAUCGCAAGACCCAUCGAACAAUGACAUUAAUGUGUUAAACCAAUCCAAUGUGUUUAAUGAUAUUUUGGAAGGACGUACUGCUAGUGUGCAAUAUACAAUCAAUGGAUCUCCAUAUAAUAUGGGGUAUUAUUUAGCGGAUGGUAUAUAUCCUGAGUGGGCUACAUUUGUCAAAACCAUUUCGAUGCCGCAAGGAGAAAAGAGAAAACUAUUUGCACAACACCAAGAAUCAGCUAGAAAGGAUGUGGAAUGGGCAUUUGGAGUGCUUCAAUCUCGUUUUGCAAUAAUACGUGGUCCAGCGGGUAACAACAACUCAACGACUGAAACAUUUAACGGUUCUCAUCCGAAUCUUGCAAAAAGACUACAAAGAAGAGCAAAUAUUCGUGAAAAACAAAUUCAUCGCAAACUUCAAGGCGAUCUAGUCGAGCAUAUUUGGGAACGUUUUGGACCCGAGGACGAUGAAAAUUAA